AUUCCACGUAUGGAUGGACGGUCACGUUUGUGGUCGCGUCUCCCUUUGUCGCGGAAAUCCUAUAAAUUCUUUGUUCUAUCCUUCUUUCAAAAGGAAGGAACAUGGCGGAAUCGACUCACCUGCCGUCAUUUUUUGGCUCUUCUCAGCUUGGACUCGGGAAGAAGCAUCUGGGACAGGAAGAAGUGCUCCGAGAAAUAGGAUGCUGCAUGGACGACCGAUGGUCCCAAGCUAUCGCUCCUCAGAUAUUCUUGAAUAAAUUUCUUACAGAAUCGAAUAAACGCAUGCCUAGUUUUUCCACUGCUUCCAAGCAAGCAGUGAAGAAAGCUAUCACGGGAUAUGUGAGGAACACCGGUUGCAAGCGAGGUCAUUUUGAGACUACGAGAUACCAACCCUUGAUUACAGCUGUCGCAAAGUAUUGUCCGUCAAUUCAGCUUGAGGAUACCAGCCACCAAUCAACAUCUAUCUCGUGGUAUGAACAUUCCGUCUCUUUCCAGCCAGACAUCCAAGGAUACGACAAAACUGCUGCCUUCCGAAUGACCGAUGUCACUGAAUUUCUCGUCGAAUUAGAGCCUCGAGAAGAGCAGGAUCCGUUCCUCGAAAUUCAGGAUGACUUGAGUGACGAUUAUUACAUCGAUCGCGACACGUACGAAGCACAGGCCACUCGCGACCAGAUAUCCACCUACGCUGGGGCCCUCAUGGCGAGACAGUUCCGAACGCACUGUUUUUCAGUCAUCAUCUUUGGACAUUACGCAAGGCUGAUUCGUUGGGAUAGAGCCGGUGCCACGGUCUCUAAACGCUUCCAUGUCUGGAACGAAACGUUCCUCGUCGACUUUCUUUGGCGAUAUCAUUCGGCUGACCGUGAAGCGCGAGGGCACGACCCUUGUGCCGUUCCUCUCAACCCAAAGACGCAGGAGAAGGAGAUUACACGUGUGAGGGAGAUCCUUGAGAUGGGAAAAGAGGACGCCGUUUAUAUGUUCACGAUUCAUGACGAAACCGACGAGAAAGAACACAGGUUCUACGGCGGUAAGCCGGUCACCACGGCACUGCCCACCCCUCGUGGAAGAUGCACAAAGGGCUUCCUCGUUACGACCACUGAAGCGAUCAAUAGACCACAACCUGUUGGAUCUGAGAUCUUGAAGUCUAACAUCCACUAUUUGAAGGCGACGUGGCGGACCUUGGCAUGGGACCUUGAGCCUGAAGGGAAGAUUUAUGCGUCGCUGAAGGACGCCGAUGUUCCUCACAUUCCUACACUUCUUGCUUCUGGAGACGCGUCGGGAAGAUGGCAAAAUACACAGACCAAGUACAUGUACAAUCACCCUCCAAUACGCCACCAUCGACAUUAUUAUAUGGCCUUUCGGGAAGUCGGGAAAUCUCUGUCGAAGUUCUCGAACCUAGCAGAAUUUGUGGGAGCUCUGAGAGAUGCAUUAAAGGCUCAUCAAACAGCUUACGAGAAGCUUCACAUACUUCACCGCGACAUCAGUGCUGCCAACAUUCUCAUCUUCAAUGGACACGGCCUCCUUAUUGAUUGGGAGUUUAGCAAGGCCUACGAGCCCGGUAUUCCUCGAGAACCACGGCAGAACGAGAGAACGGGAACAUGGCAAUUCAUAUCGGCGCGAAUGUUACAAUUGGGAGGCCAGCCCGUGCAGCACACUCUGUUUGAUGAUCUCGAGUCUUUCUUCCACGUUCUUUGCUGGGUGGCUAUACAAUACUCCCAACACGCUAGGUCUGACACUAAAGUCGCCGGGUUCCUCAGAGAUGUCUACGAUUAUGCUGUUUACAAGAACGGGGAUGAUUGUGGAGGUGGUAACAAGCGAGUGGCCUUCCUUGUGCAACGUUUUUCGAAGGAAUUUGAGUUCACAUGCCGUGUAUUUGGAGCAUUGGUGUGCCAACUUGAAGCUACUUUUCGCUACUGGUACAACAACGAUGAGAUUCAGGAUGGUGUUUCUGAUCCACGGAGUUGGACAACCGCAGACAUCACUGCGUGGAUUAGAAAUGUCAUGGACAACCCGGAUGAUGUUGCCCAAAAGAUCGGCGCCCACAGUCUCACAGGGGAAUCCUUCGUGGAUUUGACUGACGAUAUUCUCGAGAAUUCAAUCGGGAUCACGGACCCAGACGAUCGUUAUUCCAUUAUGUAUGCCCUGAAGAAGCUGAAGGAGGAGGCUAAGAGGAAAGAGGAGGUCGAUCAAAAGAAGCUAGCUAAACUGGACGACCACACAUGGAUGUUGGAAAGUUUCACCAUCGUCGCCGACAUACUCUCCGAGACGCCAGCGGAACUUAUUCAACGACCUUGCAUUCGGCCAGGUCUCCAAGAAGCCGUGAAGGACGCAGAGGAAGUUCGACAACGAUGGAAUAACUUUACCCUAGGAGCACAAUGGAAUAACUGGACCCUAGGAGCACCAGUGGCCCUCGCCAAACCUCUAGCUCAAGAUUCUCGCAGACAGCAAGAAAUGGAUGUCGAUGAGGAAGGUGAACCCGAACCGCAACGGAAGAAGCAACGAAAAUCCACAGUGCGACCCAAUAGGCAGACGCAGCAGCUCGGACAUUCGCGUCGUCAGCGGCCCGGCAUUUCUAGACCGUCAAGAGUUUCAGAUCCUCAGACGGAAGUUGUCGUGCGUCGUAGUGCGAGGAUUCAGCAACGCAAAAAUCGACCCAAAUGACCAGGUGUUAGUAGUACUAGUAGGGGUGGAGAAAGUCGCCUAACCUGUUAUUUUGUUCCUUCAUCUAACCCCAUCCAUCCUCCGCGUAUUCCGUUCCCGAUACCCUGAUACCUCGUAGCAACGAUCAUGCUUUCUUGCUAUCCUUCACCCAUCCUCAUAACGGG